AUGAUAACCAGACACUGGGUGUCGUCGCUGGCGCUGCUUUGGUGCUUCUGCUUCGCUUUGGCACAGAAGCCGUCCCACACGAUAACCCCAUUCCGCAAUCUUCCAGGUGGCUUGUUCUUCUUCGAAGAUACGCAAGCUGUUCUAUACUUCGACGCGAUAGACGGGAUCGUAUAUGUGUCUUCGGACGAGGGGAAGGGAUGGGAGCAAGCGCAGGGCGUUCCGAAGGGUGUCGCUAAGAUGAUAGUACCCCAUCCAUUCAAUAACCACUAUGCCUUCAUUCUAACCAACGACAAGAAACAUUACCGAACCGCCGACCGGGGCAAGUCUUGGCAAUCGUUUGAGAUGCCUGCCGAACUUGCACUUGUGUCCAAACCAUUGUCAUUUCACUCAGACCCCGCCAAGUAUGGGUAUAUACUUUAUCAGGGAGUUGUAUGCGAACGCAAGGGAUGGGCGGCCAAGUGUCAUGACGAGACCUUCUACACCACAGACGCUUUCUCCUCGGAAGCUAAACUCCUACUCAAGGAGACCAGCCAAUGUCAAUUUGCGCACAGCAGCAAGGACUUCAAACACGAAGCCCACUCGGACCUGGUCUAUUGCGUCGCAUUCGAUACCAGCGCCCACGGCCAUGGCCACUCUCUUUCUUCGUCGCGCCUAUUCUCCACUACGGACUUUGGUGCUACCGCACCGAAGAUGGAGGAUCUAGGAAUAGGGCGGGAGGCCAAGGGCGUGAUAGCGUUUGCCAUCGUUUCAAAGUACGCUGUGGUCGCCCUCCGUGAUCUGUCUGGUGGCAAUGGAGGUGAGAUGCAUUUGUACGUGACUGUCGAUACGAAGACAUGGGCAAAGGCGCGCUUCCCUCAUGCUUCGUCUGCGCAGCUUCGAGAGAAUGCGUACACGAUGCUCGAGUCGACUACGCAUUCGUUAGCCGUCGAUGUGGUUCUUCAAGACAAAGGCGCCAUAGGAACGCUGUUCGUCAGCAAUUCGAACGGUACUUUCUUUAUCGAAAGCCUGAAAAACACCAACCGAAACGACAUGGGCUUCGUGGACUACGAAAAAAUCUAUGGCGUAGACGGAGUGGGGAUCUCGAACGUAGUCGUCAACGCUCAAGAGGUAGAAGGACGAAACGCACACAAGGAAAUCAAAUCAGUCAUCACAUUCGACGACGGGCGAACAUGGCAGCCCAUUCGCGCGCCACGAUCCGAUGACGAAGGCAAUCGAAUUAAGUGCGAUCCUUCAAAUUCGGAUGAGUGCUCGAUUCACUUCCAUUCGGUCACCAACCCUCAUAACUUCGGGCGUGUCUUCUCCUCCCCCGCCCCUGGUAUAGUCAUGGGUGUUGGUUCGAUUGGCCCGCGCCUGCUGUCAUACGAGGAAUGCGAUACGUUCGUUAGUACGGAUGCUGGUGUUUCGUGGAAAAUGGUUCGGAAGGAUGCACACAAAUAUGAGAUUGGGGACUCGGGUAGCAUCUUGGUUGCAGUCAACGACGAGGAAGGAGUAGAUAAAGUGACAUACUCCACCGACCUCGGGAAGUCCUGGCAAGAUUACGACCUGGGGCUUCGAUUCCGUGCUCGUGCCCUUACCACUGCUCCCGAUUCUACCUCUCAAAAAUUCAUCCUCCUCGCCCAAAUAGCCAAGAAAGAUCAGACCCCCGAGACUGGUCGUUUUGCUGUUAUCUUCCUCGACUUUGCAGAUACUCGCAAACGUAAGUGUGAAGAACGCGAUUUCGAGAAGUGGUAUGCCAGGACGUCGAAGGACAAUGAGUGCAUCAUGGGCCAUAAGCAAUGGUACAAGCGACGCAAGCCCGACGCGGACUGUUACGUUGGGGAUAAGUUCAACGACCCUGUUGAACACGAGGAGAAUUGUGAAUGUGGAAACGACGAUUUCGAGUGUGACUACAACUAUAUUCGAAAUGGGGACUCAUGUGAACCUGCGGGUCCCGAACCAAUACCCGCUGGUGUUUGUACAACUGGAGAUCCAGAUCAAACAUAUUGGGGUUCGUCGGGCUGGAGGAAGAUUCCAGGAAACACAUGUGUUGGUGGUAGCAAGAAGGAUGAGAAAGUCGAGAAGAAAUGCGCUCAGGCUCAACCGCCUGAGGGUGAUAUUACCCAUCAAACAUUUGAGUUCUCCGCCGCCAUUGUUCAGCAUGCGUAUUUCAAGGAUUCGACGACGAUUCUAGUCAGACUUUCGGAUCACUCCAUCUGGCAAUCUAGCAACGAGGGGUAUACAUGGACACGCCUUUUUGAGAACGAACGCUUCCUCGCCUUCUACCACCACACAUACUCCAACGAUCGUGCAUACUUGAUCACCAAUACUAACAAAUUCUUCUACACCACUGACACGGGACGAACCUGGAACGUCCUUACUGCACCGACUUCACCCAAUACUUUUCAUGCCCAGGUCCUUCGCUUCCAGCCAAAAAGCGACUACUUGAUAUGGACUGGGGACGUUGAUUGUGAUGGUCCCAAGUGUCGGGCUCAAGCACAGUACUCGAUAGACAACGGACGCAAGUGGAACUAUGUCGAUGAAUACGUCCGGAAUUGUGCGUGGGCCACGGACGCAGCUCUUCAUACCGACCCCAACCAAAUCCUAUGCGAAAGCUACAAAGACAAGAAAGGUUCGCAACGAUUCUUCAACCAGGAGAACCCUUUGCAGCUAGUCGGCGGCGCGCGGUUCUAUAAGGACAGGAAAGUCUUGUUCGAGCAUGUUGUUGGCUUCGCCAAAUUCUCCGAGUUCCUGGUUGUCGCUGAGUUAAUGGAAGGCAAGAACACCCUCGAGCUCCAAGUAUCGCUAGAUGGCGUCAGGUUCGCAACCGGUCGCUUCCCGUCGAACAUGCACCCCGACACACACGCUUACACCGUACUUGAAUCCUCCACAAACUCUCUUUUCCUCCAUAUGACUAUGUCAGAGCCCCCGAGCCCUUACUGGGGAAGCAUCCUCAAGUCGAACUCCAACGGUACCUACUUCGGCUUGGCCAUAGAGAACGUAAAUCGCGAUGAUAGAGGUUAUGUUGACUUCGAGAAAAUGAUCGGCUUGGAUGGCAUUGCGCUCAUCAACGUUGUUGGUAACGCGAAGGAAGCUCCAGUGUCAGGCAGAAAGUCGCUCCAGUCGAGAAUUACCCACAAUGAUGGCGGCACAUGGAAACCUUUGGUGCCCCCUGUGAAGGAUUCCCUGGGUAGACCUUACGAAUGCGACACUACUAAAUGCGCUUUGCAUAUCCACGGAUACACCGAGCGAGCGGACCCUCGUGCAACAUACAGCACCCCGUCUACAGUCGGGCUCCUGAUGGCUGUCGGAAACGUCGGAGAACACCUAGAAACUUACACUGAAAGUGAUACCUUCCUCAGCCGAGACGCUGGUUUCACCUGGGAGGAAGUCCAUAAGGAUGCUCACCUAUGGGAGUUCGGCGACUCGGGCUCGGUCUUGAUCAUGGCCAAUGACGAAGAGCCGACCGAUCACGUACUCUUCAGUACCGAUGAAGGUCUGAACUGGCGAGAGUACAAGUUCACGGACGAUAAGAUGAGGGUCAGAGCCAUAGUGACUGUGCCUUCGGAUACAAGUCGCAAGUUCAUCCUCUUCGGACAACUCCCUCGAUCGUCCAACUCCGUCGCUGUGCAGAUUGAUUUCUCUUCGUUGACGCUCAAGCAGUGUGUGCUCAACGUCGAAGACCCCGGCAAGGACGACUUUGAGCUUUGGAGUCCUAGUGAGGAACGUCAGGAACGAUGCCUGUUCGGGAGACAGACCCUUUAUCACCGAAGAGUGAGGGAUGUAAACUGUGUCGUGGGCAAGCAGCCUAAGGUUGCUAGUCGUGUCGUCAAGAAUUGUGAAUGCACUAGAAGUGACUUCGAAUGCGAGUUCAAUCAUAUCAAGGACGCAAAUGACAAUUGUGUCCUGGUGCCCGGGACAGAGCCUUUGCCAAACGAUGAGUCCUGUAAUGAUGAUUCAGGUUAUUGGUACGAUCGCACGGCGUACCGCAAGAUUCCGUACUCCACCUGCGAGGGCGGCCAACGCCUUGACCGCGGCACAGAACAUAUCUGUCCAGGAUUCAGCGGCCACAGCUGGUUCUUCUGGCUCUUCAUGCUGACCCUACCGUUCGGAUUCACUGCCUUGGUGGCCUACUAUUAUUACCGUAGAAGUGGGCUUGCUCGAGGGACCAUCCGGCUUCCCGGAGAUGGAGCCUAUCGAGGCCGGGAGUCUGGCGUGUUGGAUACUCUGGCGUCCGUUCCUUGGUUCGUCCUUGGCCUCGUGGGGAUUGCAUGGGAAUGGGUGUCGUCGCGAUUCGAGUCGACCGCCACCAAUCUCAGGAAUCGCCGAGGGUAUCGAAACAUCCCCAUCGACGAGGACGCCCAAGUUCUGCGAUUUGAGGAUGAAGACUAA